UCGAUAAGCGUUGGCACCAAACCCAGCUCGCACGUGCACCGUCGCGUUACUUUUUUGUUACUUACGGUAGAGGGACACGUCCCUACGAGUUAACAGAAGCGCUAGCGUCGCCGAGUCUAUCGGAGUAAAGAAAGAGUAAAAGAGUUAGAAUAUGGAGUUCGAAGACGUGAUCGAAGAGCUCGGAGGCUUCGGCAAGUUCCAGAAGUUCCUCUUGUGGGGAUUUCUACUGCCCUCGGAGAUACUGUUUCCUUUCUUCUCGAUGAACCUGAUAUUUCUGUUGUCCGAGCCCGACCAUCAAUGCGUGGUGCCGCAACUGGACGCCCUAGGCCUGAACGAAUCUCGCAGCCAAGAAAUUCGCAAGCUGCUUGUCAGCGACGACGAGUGUGCGGUGCUGCCGAUGCGGGAUUUCAACUCGACACGCUUGGUGACCGCAGAAGAGUUCGAGGCGACGUCGUUGAACGCGUCGUGGAACGCGUCGUGGUUCGUCAACGAUAGUGCGCCCAGGCAGCCCUGCGAGCUGUUUCGUUACGACGACCUGCAUUACGAAGAGACCGUUCCCACCAAGUGGGAUCUGAUAUGUUCUCGCGGUCACCUCCCUAGCCUGCUGUACUCGACCGUGACCGCAGCAAGCGUCAUUGGACCUGUCAUCAUUGGCGCAUUGGCUGACAAGUACGGUCGUAAGCCAACGUUCUUCGCCAUCGUGGCCCUGGCCGCGCUCUCGGGCUUCGGCGCCGUGCUGUCCACCAACUUCGCCAUGUUCGUCGUCAUGCGCUUCGUCAACGCCCUGCUGGACCCGCAGAUCGAGCAGGUGCCCUACAUCAUCAUAAUGGAGCUGUUGGAUGCCAAGCAGCGGACUCUGAUGUUGGGCGUGGCGUGCAUGGGCUGGACGCUCGGCAUGUGCCUGCUGACAUUGGUGGCCUACGUGAGCCGCACCUGGGUGCUGCUGGCAACAGUGUGCGCCUCGUGCGUGGUCCCUCUUUUCUGCUACAUCAGGGUCAUCCCCGAAUCUCCGCGGUGGCUCUUGUCGCAGGACCGGCUCCCCGAGGCGUCGGCCGUUCUGCGCCGCAUCGCCUUCCGAAACGGAGUCGAGCCCCCGAUUGACCUCGACCUGAAGCUCAAGAAAGUUCAGCAAAGUUUAAGUGCCGAAGAAGAAUCAGAGAAAUCAGGCUCCAUUCUCGACCUGUUUAUCAAGCCCAAGAUACGAAAGAACUUGCUGAUACUCACGCUCAUAUGGUCUGCGAACGGCUGCGCGUACAGCGGCCUGCACAUCAACGUGACGCACCUGAGCGGCAACGAGUUCCUCAAUUUUCUCUACCUGGCCCUGGUCGAGUUUCCGGCCAACGCGAUUGGCUGGUGGAGUAUGAACCGCUACGGCCGACGCUGGACAAACGUCUUCUUCGUGCUUCUCACGGCCACCGCCUGCUGGGCGGCCGUCAUUGCCCCCACGUCCGGCACGGUCCACGUCGUCUCCUCGAUCGUGGCCAAGUUCUCGACCACAGCGGCUUACAUGAUGAUGUACCAACAGUCGGACGAACUGUUCCCCACGCCGCUACGUUCCUUCUCAAUGGGUGUGCUCCCUUCCCUGGCCGCGGUCUUCACGGCGUCGGUGCCUUACAUCGUAUACGUGGGGAAGUACGGUGCCUGGAUCCCGUUCCUAUUCCUCGCCGUGGUGACAAUGGCUGCAGGUAUCGCAGCAGCCUGGCUACCCGAGACCAAGGGAUACCCGCUCUGCCAGACGGUUGAAGACGCCGAGAAAUUUGGCCAUGACCAAAAAUUCUUCUCAUUAAACAGGAUAGAGGAAUCCUCGAAGCGGUCCAGGCGUGUCGGAGAAAACGGCGAGAAGACCGUCGAACUACGACCGCUGCAGACUGAGGCCUGACUGACUAUUCAGAUGCCUUGUACGAUGGACCAUUCUAAACAAAGAAGCCCUCGUGACAACACAAGGUGACAACAUACAGGACAUGACAUCGUGCCAAUGCAAGAAAAUGAAAAGUCAACGCUCAAUACCCGUGCUUCGACCCUUGGAACUCCUAGACCCUUAUACGUACUCACAUGUGUAGGAGCAUGCUCAUUAAUAACACUGUGAAAUAGAUAGCUUAGAAUACCUUACACUAUUUUGGGGAAAACAACCGACGACCAUCAUCCUUCUCAAGAUGUCAGGAUAGGGCUCACACGACAACUUGAUGGCAUCGUGAUAACGUUAUUGUUGUUGUUGCGCACGUACGGGGUGCUGUGCACGCGAGCCUUUUUAUGGGUUGGGACGGGGGCGCAUUAUUGUUGUUCAAAGUAAUAUCUGAAUUGUAUGUGAUAUUCGAUGCUUCUUGCGCAAAAAUCUGAACCGGUUCUAACGAUACUACCCUUGUGCAAGCGAAUUUCCUCAUGAUGCGUGCUUUUCAUGCACAGGUUGCUCAUCCGGAACUUGCUGGCGCUCCUAGCUGUGUGUUCUUUUCUCUGUCAGAAAAAAAUUAUUGCUGAUGUUAAGCGUCCCCAUCGCUGUGAGCCUGAUGCAACACAGUUGUACAAGAAGCAAAAGCGAGCGGUCAUACGAUACCUGCGCGAAACAGCGCACGGUGCUGUUUUCUGACCGAAAUAAGGUAGGCAAGGUGUGCUCCCUGGUUAAUAGAAUGUUAUCCCGCAAGCCAGGCACAGAAACUCGACGUUCCGUCAAUCAUUUGUACAAAUAUAUGCGCGCAACUGGCACUGCCUACAUCAUACUAUUAUCAUAUGACAAAAAGUACGUCGGCCAAACGGAGUGGUGUCUGAAUAUGCGGCUUCGAGAAAAUGAGAUUUCUCUAUGGGGCAAUGCUUCCACCCAAAUUCCCAUUCGCUGUAGAUCAUGUGGCUGUUUGCCUCAUCUAGAGAAGACGACCAUCGAGUACAAAUAGGUGGAUCAGUGUAACCUGGGAAAUAGCUGAAGCCUACAGCAAGGGUAUUUUAAGCCCUCUUUCACUCAUACUAUACAGGAUAAAAAGUUUGGCUAUUUAGCUGCAAGGACAUGAUCAGCUUUCUUUCGCCCGUGUGCCGCGAAUAUUUGGCUGAUAUAUGUAUGUGUAUUGUUACGUUUCGCCUACAACGCGCGGUAAUGCCGGCGCGGAUGCAACGGACGCCAGGGCUUCGUUCAAAGCGGCGGACAUUUUGGCCCGUUCGACGCCGCCGCAACGCCUCCCCGCCAAGCGUGU